CGGGCUGGGUCACGUAGUGAUCCCACACAACCGGGCUUCCCCACUGCUACGGGGUGUUCAGUGUUUCAGGAAUAAACAUGAACCGCGACGCCUCGGAGCCCGUGGCGGACGGGGGAGCGGAACAGGACUGCGCGCGGGAGCCGGGCUUGGAGCCAGCCGUGGAGGAGUCGGCGGGUGACCACGGGAACGCAGGCCAAGGGGGCCGCAAGGAAGAAAUUAAUGACCCUAAGGAAACAUGCGUGGGUCCUUCGGACACUUGCUCCCUCAGCGAGCAGAAACACAGUGGUGAUAGCUGGUCAGAUGGUCGCUUAGCACAGCAAAAAGAUGACAAAGAAGAUCGUGGCCCCAGAAUGACUAAAAAUUUUCUGCGAAAACUGUGCAAGCAGCACAAGCUUUAUAUCACCCCAGCACUGAACGAUACGCUGUACUUACACUAUAAAGGCUUUGACCGCAUCGAGAACUUGGAAGAGUACACAGGGCUGCGUUGUCUCUGGCUGGAGUGCAACGGAAUACAGAAAAUCGAGAACCUAGCGGCCCAAACGGAACUGCGAUGCCUCUUCUUGCAAGUGAACUUGCUCCAUAAGAUCGAGAACCUAGAACCUCUGCAGAAACUGGAUGCUCUCAACAUCAGCAACAAUUACAUCAAGACCAUUGAAAACCUCUCCUGCCUGCCGGUCCUCAACACACUCCAGAUGGCCCACAACCACUUAGAGACCGUGGAAGACGUUCAGCAUCUCAAGGAAUGUUUGAAACUCUGUGUCCUUGACCUUUCCCACAACCAGCUGAGUGACCCAGAGAUCCUGAGCAUUCUCGAGAGCAUGCCCAACCUGCGUGUACUGAAUUUGAUGGGAAACCCAGUGAUUAGGAACAUCCCGAAUUAUCGACGGACACUCACUGUACGACUAAAACAUUUAACAUACCUGGAUGACAGACCAGUUUUUCCAAAGGACAGAGCUUGUGCAGAGGCCUGGGCACAAGGAGGGUACAAAGCUGAGCAGGAGGAGAGACAGCAGUGGGAGAGCAGAGAGCGGAAGAAGAUCACAGACAGCAUUGAGGCCUUAGCCGCAAUCAAGCGCCAGGCCGAGGAGAGGAAACAGCAGAAAGCAAGCCAGGAGCAAGGACGUUCCCAGCUCACUGUGGACUUCUGCUCAGGGGAGAUGCUCGCGCCAGACAGUGCCAGGGACUUGGGUGCCCCUGUGGAAGGGGAGGAAGCGCCUGAAAAGGACAGAGAAAGGUGGCAGAAGACGGAGCUGUUUGUCAAGGAGAGCUUCGAGGCCAAGGACGAGCUAGUCCCAGAAAAGUCAGAAGAGUCGAGUCUCCCAGAGGAGCUGCCUGUGGAUGCUGACGGGGAGCCAGGGGCGGCGCUCCCUGCCAAGGCCCCGCCACCGAGCCCCGGAGCUGCCUGGGAAGAAUCAGCUCCCCAGACAGUGGCCACUGAAAGUGCAUCAGGUACAGAGCUCUGUGGAGCUGAAGAUUUGGAAGCCAUCAGACUGGAGACGAAGGAGAAGCUCUUCAUCGAUGACCUGCCUGACUUGGAAGACGUGGAUGCAGGCGGAUCUCCGGGAGACCAGCACAAGAAGAUGUGCUUUCCAAAGAUUACAGCCAUCUCGAGCCUGGGUGACGACAGUGACCCUGAACUAGACUACACCUCACUCCCAGUGCUGGAAAACGCAUCCACAGACCCCCUUUCCAGUAUAUUUGCAGUCUCCAAGGACACCUCCAGGAAGGCCGAGAUGGAGACGCCCUUUACAGGCAUAUUCAAAGCAGCAGCAGAGAGGGACUUGGCAACCCACAGGAGAGACACCAAGGCCCCUCGCCCACUGAUUCAGGAGCUGGACGAUGACGAGCCUUCAGGGCAACCACCCUGGCCCCCAGCCUGCAAAAGGGAAGCCGCGCCAGCCCCGUGCAGUGAGGACAGGCAUGGGGACCUGCUUCUGGCCUCCCCUCCAGGAAACAGCCCCGAAAAGGGUGAAGCCCAGUCUGAGGUGGAGCCUGAGGAGCGCCCGGAGCCCAGGGCCAGAGAAGACUGGGACUCAGCCACAAAGGCAGCCCCUCUGCUCUUGGACUAACAGGGACGGGCCCUGGCCUGACCCCCCAGCAGGGGCAUGCCACCCCCUUGGCUGGGCUCCCCUUCCCUUCAAAGAGUUGCAGUUACUGCGGGCGUGCAGGGCCCUGGACAUGGAUGGCACUGUGCUCCCUGCUCUCAAAGCCUAACACAACCCCCGGUUAUUUGCAGUAUAAACCAUGUAACUGUAAAUGUCUCCCUUGAGCACUGUAAACAUUGUAGCACCCACGCAAGUCCCUAUGUUAUUGGAUUAUUCGAUGUCCAGUGAGUCACACGUGAUUCACUUCAUCAGGUACCCGAGACAAGGACCAUUCCUCUCUUCACGUGUGAUCAGAAACCUAGGUCCCGCCCCAGGGACCCCAGGGGGUGUGUUCCCCGCAAGACUCUUCACCGGAGCCACAGAGCUGCGAAGAAAGCGAACCUGACGCACUGAAUGUCGAAAGCCAAGUAAGGGGACGCAGCCCAGCCUGAGG